AUGAAUGAUUGGAUUCGAAGGUUAUAUUUUAUUGUAGGCGUUAUGUUUCAAUUUUAUACUAUAUUUCUUCUUAUUUCGCACCUUACCUGUUCAAUUUUGGCUGAUACAAAUGAAUCUUCAUCAAAGUCUAUUUAUAAAUUUAAUCGAAAUCAUCGCUUGGACUCUUUAAUUACAAAAACAAAUAAAUUUGAUCAAAAUGAUGAUGAUAGUUACAAUAAUCAUGCCUCAACAAUACCAGACGAACGAUCAUUAAAUGAACAUUUGAAAGUUUUUAUUACUAUUGGUAGCAUUUCAGUUGGAAUUAUGACGCUCAUCGUUGUUAUAUAUGUAACUAGAACCUACUUAAGUUAUAGAGUGCUAAAUGUUCGUGAAACUAGUGAGCAAGAAGUACGAUUAUACACUUAA